UACUCCUUUGAGCCUAUAUAAAUAAUCAAAUAAAUUCUCAAUCGGAUACAUUUGACGAUUGAUACUUGUACCGCGCUAUAAUUUUCGUGUAUUUUUCGUGGUAAUUAGAAAAAUAUGAAUUCCUUUUUAGUCCUUUUAAUUUGCGCGAACGCAGCGAUCAUGGUUUCUUUUGUAAUCGCAGAAAAAAAUAAAACACAGGAUGACUGGGAUGUCGAACCACCGAUGAUGACGCCACUGACACCAGAGCUCGAAGAAGAACGUCCUAAGGAGUUUCAGUAUUUGCCGAACAAGCAGUUUAUUCAAGAGUGCAAGGAUGAAUUGAAUUACACUAAACCUUUCAAUUUAGAUGCUGUAAGAAUAAGCUGGAUUCCGAGACGUAAAAGGGACGUCUGCCUGCUCGAUUGUUACUAUGGUAAACUUGGUGUGCUCGUUCGUAAAAAUAAUACGCAUUCUGAAGAAUACGCGUUUGCCAAACCGCCAGAUUCUGAAUCAUAUCAGAAUGAGACGUCUGCGUACGCGAUAAAGCUGUAUCAAGUGAUGAAUCUUUGUAAAGAACAUCUUAUGUCCCAUCCUACACCGAGGUGUUAUUUGAUGUAUCGAUACCGAUUAUGCAUUGACAGUCAUAUGGACGAUAAAUAUGAGGCAAUUUCCUUAAACAUUGGUUGAAUCUACGUCUAUUAGCGGUAUUUAAUCCUUCGCGAGAUGUUUUUAUAUUUUGGAACAGCUUUGUUAGGUACUUUUUCUAUAAAAAUACAUAAUUUGGUAAUUUAAAUUUGUUGUCAUAAAAAUAAGGUUAUAGAAUGUGUUUUGAUUUGAAUAGUUUGAUUACCUAUAUUUGUGCAUUUUUAUUUGUAGUGUGUAGGUACAUAUUUAUAUGU